AGGAACCGCUUCUGAUGAACUACGGCCGAAACAAUCGCAGUUGCAAAUUAAUUUGGAUUUUGAAAUUUGGACCAGGCUUUAACACACCCUGGAGCUAGAGAUUUUGAGCGUUGUGGUGAUUUACAGGUCCUCCUGGUAUAUAUUAACACAUACAGUAAGCUUCUAAUCAAGUUCUCUAAUUUUCAGUCAAGUGCUUGAAUCGUGGAAAAUUGCAUUUAAGCACAACUAUUCCCCUCGUACCUGUAUGAUUUGGAAUAAUUAAUGCAUAUUAUCAGACAACAAGUCGUUAUUCAUAAAAGAGUAAGUGGAUCAAAAUUUUCUUUAGGUUUCUACCCUUUUUAAUGAACAUGGAGACGUUUAUACUUAUGGGGAGUUUAUAACCCUUUAAAGAGGAAAUGCUUCUCUUCUCUUACAGAUUACAUAAGCGUAACAAAAUGCAUCCCUGCUAAAUUAAGAAUGUUUAUUAAGGCACAUACACUGUAAAAAAUGAAUCAUGAGGCUUGUAAUUUUCAUUAAAAAAAAUUGAUGUAAUUAUUAAAAAUAAUGUGCAUAUUUAAUUAAAAAAAUAGGUUUUCUGUGUUUCUAAUAAUAUAUUGAGAACAUUUCACUAAUAAAACUAAGAAAUAAAAUUUACCUAUUUUUUUAAGGAGAUGAAUGCAAUUUUUAGGCUUAAUUUGAGGAACCGUUUAGGCUAAAAAUUUGAGGAAAAAAGGCUUCAUAUUUAUUUUAAGAGAAUUGGUCCAAUUAUCUGGGUUUGAUUGAGUCACCUUCAUUUGAAUCUCAACAACGGCUGUGGUCAGAUGGCGUUUUGAAGGAGCAGACGAUCAGUGUAAAAUAUUAAGAGAAGGCGCCCUCUUAAACAAAGCAAGUCACAAACACCAUAGAAGCAACACGAUGGCGUUUCAGGAAUUGAUAUGGACAUAACCAUGCUUUUGCCUAGUUGAAGAAUACAAACAUCUUUGCAAUCAUUAAGGCAAUAUCAGUCUCCACAAAGACAACUUCUGAGAUGACAAUGGAGCUUGUGGCGAAAGAAAAAAUGUCAAAAACCCUUGCUCUCCAAAGACAGGAGGUGGUUGAAUUGUGCCCGACUGUUGCAGAAUUUAAAGAUCACUGGCCUGCUCUGUUUGACAUUCUCCAGAUUAAUAAAGAGUUUAGGAGAAUUACUACUCUGCACCUUGAGCCAACAUUUAUUAAGAUGUUGGAUUACUACACUCCUAAACUUUUCACAAUAUUUUCCUGCAAAGGAGGAGCACUCGGACAGAUUUUGAAGAAGAAAAUGGGUGCCAUUACAGCAGACCUCACAUCAAAACAUAGAAAAGAGAUGUUGUCCUCUGUUGCUUGGUCUAUUACUUGGGUGAGAAGGAGGAAGACCUCAUCCAGGAGUACAAUACUGAACACGAAGGGGAGCUGUCUUCUAAAAAUGUACAUGGCCAGCUAUGAUGUCAGCAGCUCCUUUUCUGGUUGAAAUGCAGUGCAAAUGGUUUUUUGGAAUUAAGUUCAUUUUCAUGGCAAAGACGGAUUUUGCAAUUAACUGCAAUUAAUCUGAUCAUUCUUCAUAACAUUCUGGAAUAUAUGCAAAUUGGCAUAAAAAAACGGAGGCAGCAGGCUUUGUGAAAAUGAACUUUUGUGUCAUUCUCAAAACUUUUGGCCACGGUUGUACCAAUACAGCACACAAUAGGUGCCUUCCCCCCCCCUCCCCCCCAUCAAACAGCCUGAGUCUGCCGCUAAUACAGUUCAUCACUUUUACAUCCAGGGUACAAGAUUGUUAAAAAUACCUUUCAGACACUUUCAAAUUUAUUAUAAGGCAUUGAGUACUCAUUUCAUCAUUGCAUAAAAGGAUGCACACAAAUCUUUAUAACAUUGAGACAGGCAAUGCAUAAUAGACUAUUUAAAUAAAAACAAAUAAUUACAUUUUAUUCACUGUGCUGAUCAAGACACCAUUAUUCCCCAUUAUCCUAACAUCUAUGUAGCCUAGCUAACCCUCCAAGACCUAAUGUAACUGACCAGCGCAUGCAAGACGUGCUGUGAAGCAUACAUGUAAAAACCACUUGACAGAUAAAGACACCAGUGGCAAAAAAACUGUCUGAUCCUUCUAAGUCUCAGUGCUAUCUUUAGACUUGAUCUGCAGACAUGCUUUUCCCCACAGCACUUAACAUGUAAUUUACCUCUGUUUAAUCGAAUCGAUCGGUAUUAACGAGCUGUUUGAAGUAUGUUACAGCACGUAAAAUAGGAACGUACUGUAAUGAACCUAAACUAGCGUCAGAGGCGGUGAAAGGAGAAUAGGUCACCACAAGACGUCAGCUACAAUUACAGAAAUAAUUUUAUUCAGCACAAUUCAUGCAGCGACCCAUCGGGUCGGGUCUGGGUUCACAACGGGUUCGGCCCUGCUAUCUCCCCGUAGCAAACAACCCCUUCCAAGCGUCUGUUAACACACGUUACCACGCAGUAAAUCCCGCACCAUACAACAUCCCUAUUAGGGCACGGCACACCAAUAGCACUGCAAUGCACAGUAAUCCCCACACUUCGGGCACAGGCAAGCGUUACGGGACCAGAACCACCUCUAUAGUGCCGACCCUUGUCCUCCCCCUACCACACCGGAACCUGUCCAUACAGCCCGGUAUCUGGCUUCACCACCGGCAGCCCUAAACGGCAUACGAGCGGAACCUCUCUCCCGGACCCAACGAGUACUACGCCUAACAGAACGUUUUUCUCUCGAGCACGGCUCUCACUCCCUCUCUUAACCCCACAUCCCUCACAGCCCAGGGGUAGCCACUUAUUUAACUACUACUGUACCUUCCACGUCCAUCCCUCACCAUCCACACAAACACACAUCAUUACAGUACUGACAUAGUCUGGUAACAAUAUAAAGUGCCUGUAUGGAAGUAAAAACUUGUUAUAAGUUUCUCGAUCUUUAGUUUGCACAAACUUUAAAAGGAUAGAAUACACCAAUUAAUUAUUUUAUCAUAAAUUCCCCGCAAAUCUGUAGGUUUUCCCUACGGCAUUUAAAAUGUACUAUACCUGCUUAAUCUAAUUGAUCAGCAUUACAGAACUGUUUAAAUGUCCGCAUCGCAAUAUCAAGCGAUUCAGGAUGGCAAACUUGCCUCCUGAAGUCUAGGAACUUGGGUGUAACAAUGGGGGUUGGUCCUGUAUUCUGUUGUGACAUCUUAAACUGUGAACGAUAAUCUAAUCGCCUACAUGAGCCCGUUCAGCCGUCAUUUUUAAAACGAGGAGCACGUCAAACGGGAUUCCAUCCGCUCUCAUUAUUCACCAAAUAACCGAUGGCUCAGUGCCAAAAAACCAUCCUCUCCCUAACUGCAGAAGAAGUUCUUGCGCUGAAACAGGGCAUCAACUUUAAGAAGAGCCGGGAGGAAGGGAAAUGUUACAUCAUUUACAAGGAUGACCAUGGCCUCAGGGCUUGCAGGAACCAGUGCAAACACCAAGGAGGACUCUUCAUUAAAGACAUAGAGGAUAUUGAUGGCAAAACAGUUCGAUGUACGAAGCACAACUGGAAGCUGAAUGUCUCCACAAUGCGAUAUGUGAAUCCCCCAGAUUGCUUUGACCAGGAUGAGCUUGAUAUAAUUUGGGUGGAUGGAGGUAUCGAGCUGGUUGAACUGAACCCCACAGAUCCUUGGCUUAGUGACCCCAAGAUGCCAGAGGAGCUCCUGCCUGGAGAAGUGACUAUAACAUACAUGACCCAUGCGUGCAUGGAGCUAAAAUUUGGGGGCAAAACGAUGUACUUUGACCCCUGGCUUACUGGCCCAGCAUUUGCCAGGGGUUGGUGGCUUCUUCACAAACCUCCAGAAGACGCCAUUGAGAGGCUCUGCCAGGCUGAUGCCAUCUACAUCAGCCACAUGCACUCUGACCAUCUAAGCUACCCCACCUUAAAAAUGCUGGCAGCCCAUCGACCAGACGUGCCUAUUUAUGUAGGAGACACUUCUCGGCCCGUCUUCUGGUCCCUUGACAAGAGCGGCGUGCAGUUGACAAACAUCAAUGUCAUUCCCUUUGGGGUCUGGAGAAACAUUGACGAGCACCUGCGGUUCAUGAUUAUGAUGGAUGGCGUGCACCCUGAAAUGGACACCUGCAUUAUUGUGCAAUACAAAGGUCACAUGAUCCUGAACACUGUGGACUGCACACGGCCGAACGGGGGAAGGCUGCCUGAGAAUGUGGCCCUAAUGAUGAGUGACUUUGCUGGUGGGGCCUCAGGCUUCCCCAUGAGCUUCACUGGAGGCAGAUACACAGAAUCAUGGAAGGCCGAGUUCAUUAGGAAUGAAAGGAAGAAGCUCCUGAACUACAAGGCCCAGCUGGUGAAAUCUUUGCAACCCAAGAUCUACUGCCCUUUUGCAGGCUAUUUUGUUGAAGCACAUCCCUCAGACAGGUACCUCAAGGAGACAAACUUGAAAAAUAACCCAGAAGAGCUCAAUUCAUUGAUCAACAAGCUGAGUCCUUCCACUCUUACCUGGACUCCAAAGCCAGGAGCAGUUCUAGAUCUGGGCUUAGCACUGAAAAACCCCAAUGACAGCAUGGCAAUUACAGAUCCUCCACCUGGUACGCAGAUCUAUAUGGACACAUGGGACUUUGACCUGUAUGUGAAUAACCUCAAUGCAGCCAUCACCGAAGAUAUAUUUAAGCAUGAGAGCUGGAUCCAGUUUUACUACAGCUGGGCUGGGUUCAUGGACUACGAUCUGGUUGUGCGGGUUAUAGAAACGGAUGAGGACUUCCAGCCAUUUCCCGGUGGCUUUGACUACCUUGUGGACUUCUUGGACCUUUCUUUCCCUAAGCAGAGACCAGAGAGAGAACAUGCUUAUUUGGAGGUGAAGAACCGGGUUGGAGUUAUCCGCCAUAUAGUGAGGAACGGCCUCCUCUGGGAUGAUCUUUACAUCGGCUUCCAGAACAGGAUCAGCAGAGAACCAGACGUAUACCACCACCGUUUCUGGAAUCAUUUUCAGACCCAGCUACCUACAUCUGGACCGGACUGGGCCUCUUUUUUACAGCAAGUGAAAAUGGAAGAGUCGGAAGAGGCAGGAAUAAACGGCUGCAAAUUGUUUUAGAGAAUCAACAUCAAGUAUUCAUAGCGAACAAGACAAAGAUACCAUUAAGAGAAGGUUAAUGUGCAGCUAUAUCUGUGUCUGAGGGUACAUAUUAAAAAAGAACCAUUUUGCUUCUAUAAUCAUGCGGUAAUGAAGGAGGGUCCCUAACUCAGCUCCGCUUUCACUUGGGGGUCCCUGAUUUAAGAAUUAAUGAAGAAUUCACUAGAAGAAUAACACUUUAGAAUGAAUGAUUUUUUUUUACUAUUGCUUAGUAAUUUACUUUGGACAAAAUCAUUUUAUGUACAGUGGAAACCACUUAUAGCGAGCAUGGUUAUAGUGAUCAGCGGCUUAUAUGGAUCAAAAGCCUGAGACAGCAUCAAUCCUAUUCAAAUAAUUUGCUUAUAGUAAUCAAAAUGUCUGCUUACAGUGUUCAUUUUUGGUCUAAAAAAGCCUAAAAUUAUGAUACAGUAAUACAGAACUCAUGACAGGAAAAAGAAAGUCAUUUUCUCUCAAUGACAAGUAUACAGAGCUGACAAAGAGGUAGCCUAAGUUUUGUCAUUAUUGUAGAAUAAGUUUAAUUUCAAAUUCUGCUACCUUCUCAGCGUUUAUAGACUAUGGUUUAUUUUCUGUUCUGUUAAAAAUUGAAAAAUGUGCUGAAAGCCAUGGCCUGUAUUUGCACUACUGAUGCACAGUGUUUCGUAAACCCCAUAAUACGUUUAUGUUUUAGGCUAUAAACUAAUAAUGAUUUGAUUUACAGUAAGUUAUAUUUUGUAGAAAUUACUGUACUGUAUUAAAGUAUUUGAAUUAUGUACAGUUCAGUAGUUUAAUUUGUACAGUACUGUAAUUUGAAAAGCAUUCACAACAGUUGUACUAUAUUUUAAGAGUCAAUAAAAUUCAGUAACUAGUGACACUGUAAGCUCCAUUACUGUAUAUUAAUGUAAUAAAUAUACAAAUGUCUAUCAGAUGGUGAUCUGCCUGAUACAUAAAGAAAAAUAAAAAAUUGGUUAUAAUGAUUAUCCGCUUGUACUGAUGAAUUUCAGUAGAUCACUGUAAGCGGAUUCCACUGUAUUCAUGUGAUUUAUUUUAGAGUCUGAUUUAUGUAUAGCAAGUGUCAUAAUCACUGGCAGUAUCAUUUUAGAUCGCAGGGGGUCCGGAGCCUAUCCCGGAAUCAAUGGGCACGAGGCAGGGAACAACCCAGGAUGGGGGGCCAGCCCAUCACAGGGCACACUCACACACCAUUCACUCACGCAUGCACACCUACGGGCAAUUUAGCAACUCCAAUUAGCCUCAGCAUGUUUUUGGACUGUGGGGGGAAACCGGAGUACCCGGAGAAAACCCCACAAUGACAUGGGGAGAACAUGCAAACUCCGCACACGUGUGACCCAGGCGGAGACUCGAACCUGGGUCCCAGAGGUGUGAGGCAACAGUGCUAACCACUGCACCACCAUGCCGCCCCAUCAUGCCGCCUCCAUGCAUAAUUAAUUGUAAACUUAAUUCUUGCUCAAAAUGUAAUUUUCUUGGCCUUAAGACUACAUUAAUUGGUGUGGUCCAAUUAGAAAUCUGAAUUAAAAUGUAACACUGACAAAAAUGUCUAUUUUAAUUCUUGUUGUUGCUUGUUAUUUUGUAUCAGGAUGAAUUUAGCUAUUCCAUUAUAGCUAUCCAGUCCCCUCCAUGCCUUAUGCCAUGUUCUGCCUGGGAUAUGAACCAGGCCCCCCAGAUCUGUCCACAAGAAACAGUAGAAAGAUGGAUGGAAUUAUCUAUCCAAGUAAAAUUAAGGGAAAUCAUGCUGGACAGUAAAGAUAUCCUUGAAAUUAUAGGUGUCCUAAUUAACUGCUAAUGACAAAAGGCACAUAUAUACAAAGAACAUGUUUUGUUUGUACAGUUUUUCCAGCGUUUGUCUUGCUGCACAAUUAAACAUUAAUUUGACAGCACAAAUGACUUUUCUCAGCUCACAUGAACACACAUUUCCCAGAUGCUUCUUCCGGCAAAUAUUUUACUAAACAAGCCAUAGAUAAGAGCAGAAUGGCUGUCAAAAAAGCAGAGAUCCUAGUGACUUUACGGCACUCAUAAAGGAUAUGGAGGGAACUGAGUAAAAGACAUGGAGGAUGAAUCUAUGAAUGAUUAGCAAACCCAUCCAUCCAUUUCCUGAAACUGUUUAAUCCCAACUGUUGUUACAGGGCAAUUUAGACUCACCAAUCAACCUGCCCUGCAUGCUUUUGGACUGUAGGAGGAAAACCCAUGCAAAUAUGGAAUAUUAUUUAGCACUAUAUAACGUAGAAUACAAGUAUAAUUAUAUUAUUAAAAAGUAUGCCAGAUAUCCAUGAUGUAAUCAUUACAAUGUAAACAUUAUAAUGUAAUCAACACAAUGUAAUCAGCUGAGUAUGUAUUUGCACCUUUUGUUAGUCUGAGUUUCUGUUUAUGUUACCUUAUGUUAGUCCUGAAUCUAUGAAUAUUCACUUUUAUUAGUGUAUAUCUUAUCACUAUGUUAAAGGACAAAUAUAUUAUCAACCUUCUAGCUAGACAAUGUGUAGCAGGCUGAAACUGCCAAGGUUACUACUGAAGGAAGGGAUUCGCCUGAGUUCACCAGAAGUUCACAGCUGAGCAUUUUUAAAAAACCAAGUGGAGCUGCUCGAGCCACCAUUAUGUUCAGCCGAGAGACCAAACGGUAAAAGAAAUGACGGACAAACUUAUCACCUAGGCGUGUGGAUUAAGGGAAAAAACAAUGAUUGUGAAUGGCUGAAGGAAUGAUGAUGCUUAAGUGACGAGAUAUUGUUACAUGAUAAGAACUUACAUAAAAAUUGGUGUAAAACAGUACUGGACACACUUUACGUGUCCGGCCUUGGUUGUAACUUCUUUGUUGCAAUAAAGACUGAAUUCUGGAUACUGCACAA